UUCCCCGACGAGAUCCUCCAAACCCUAACCCCAGCCAUGGCCCCCGCCGCCGCCGCCGCGGUCAAAUCCGACGACGAGGACGACUACGAGGAGUACAUCCCCGUCUCCAAGCGCAGGGCCAUGGAGGCCGACCGCCUCCGCCACCAGCGCCUCUCCAAGCCCGCCGCGCCCUCCUCCACCGGCUCCCCCGCCUCCCUCCCGCCACCCCCACCCCAACCGACCACCACCCCCGCGGCCGCCCCCGACGCCGCCGCGCCCUCCGCCAAGCCCAGCCUCCUCGUCACGUCCACGCAGCUCAAGCGCGCCGCCCCGGAGGUCACCGCCACGGAGCAGCUCAUCCAGCAGGAGAAGGAGAUGAUCGAGAACCUGGCCGACCGCAAGUCGCUCAUGUCCGUGCGGGAGCUCGCCAAGGGCAUCACCUACACGGAGCCGCUCCGCACCGGCUGGAAGCCGCCGCUGCGCCUCCGCCGCAUGCCGCGCGCCAAGGCCGACGAGCUCCGCCGCAAGUGGCACAUCCUCGUCGAGGGCGACGAGAUCCCGCCGCCCGCGCGCGAGUUCCGCGACCUCAGGUUCCCCGAGCCCGUCCUCCGCAUGCUCCGCGAGAAGGGCAUCGUGCAGCCCACGCCCAUCCAGGUGCAGGGCCUUCCCGUCGUGCUAUCGGGGCGUGACAUGAUCGGCAUCGCCUUCACCGGGUCCGGGAAGACGCUGGUCUUCGUGCUGCCGCUCAUCAUGGUCGCGCUGCAGGAGGAGAUGUUGAUGCCCAUUGUGCCUGGGGAGGGCCCGUUCGGGAUGAUCAUCUGCCCGUCACGGGAGCUGGCCAAGCAGACGUAUGAUGUGAUUGAGAUGUUCCUCACUCCCCUCAAGCAGGCUGGGUUCCCAGAAAUACGACCCUUGCUUUGUAUUGGAGGUAUAGACAUGAGGACGCAACUCGAAGUCGUGAAGAAGGGUGUACAUAUUGUGGUUGCCACACCUGGACGGCUCAAGGAUCUUCUUGCCAAGAAGAAAAUGAACCUUGACAAUUGCAGGUAUUUAACCUUGGAUGAAGCUGAUAGGCUUGUUGAUCUGGGAUUUGAGGAUGACAUUCGGGAGGUUUUCGACCAUUUCAAGGCACAAAGGCAGACCCUUCUUUUCUCUGCCACUAUGCCCAAGAAGAUUCAGAACUUCGCAAAGAGUGCCCUUGUGAUGCCAGUUAUUGUCAAUGUUGGAAGAGCUGGAGCAGCAAAUCUUGAUGUCAUCCAAGAAGUUGAGUAUGUCAAGGAAGAUGCCAGAAUUAUAUACCUCCUUGAAUGCCUUCAAAAGACUCCGCCUCCUGUUCUUAUAUUUUGUGAAAACAAAGUUGAUGUCGACUACAUCCACGAGUAUCUUCUUCUGAAGGGUGUGGAAGCUGUUGCAAUCCACGGAGGAAAAGAUCAGGAGGAAAGACAGAAUGCGAUUGAGUUCUUCAAGAAUGGAACGAAGGAUGUUUUGGUAGCUACUGAUGUUGCUUCAAAGGGCCUUGAUUUCCCUGAUAUCCAGCAUGUGAUCAACUACGAUAUGCCUGCUGAAAUAGAGAACUACGUCCACAGGAUUGGUCGAACCGGUCGAUGUGGAAAAACUGGCAUAGCAACGACGUUCAUCAACAAGAACCAGACAGAGACCACGCUUCUUGACCUUAAGCACUUGCUCAAGGAAGCGAAGCAAAGAAUACCACCAGUGCUUGCUGAGCUUGUUGACCCGCUGGAGGACGCGGAAGCUAUCGCCAAGGAGAGUGGCGUCAAGGGAUGUGCAUUCUGCGGUGGUCUUGGGCAUCGUCUUGCUGACUGUCCGAAGCUGGAGCACCAGAAGUCCGUGGCGAUUGCUGGCUCCAGAAGAGAUUACUAUGGCGGUGGAGGUUACAGAGGAGAAAUAUGACCACAUCAUAUUUCUCUGUAUGCUGGAGAUAUAUCAUACGAUCUGAAGUUGUCUGCCAAGUUGAUUCUCGUCCUUCAAAGAAUUGUCAGCAACCUUCUGGUGCUCGUCAUCACAUUAUUAUCCAAGUGCUGAUGGAUUGUUGUAAUAUAUUCUCUGCAUAUUAAAGCUGCCCUGUUGUAAAAUGUAACAUUGAGUGGCAGUCAGUAUGUUGAUUCGUGAGCAGUAGUACCAUUCUGGAUA